AUGGGGCCAUCCAUCACACCACCUCCCUACCUGCAAGGAUCCAACACCAGCCACUUCAUGCCUCAGUCAUACGUUCCAUCCCAAGAAGAACUCAUGAAAUUGGUGAGACCACCUUAUUCUUACUCAGCCCUAAUUGCAAUGGCAAUACAUGGUGCCCCAGAUAAAAGACUGACACUCAGCCAAAUCUAUCAGUAUGUUGCAGACAACUUUCCUUUCUACAACAAAAGCAAAGCUGGCUGGCAAAACUCUAUCCGGCAUAAUUUAUCCCUAAAUGAUUGCUUCAAAAAAGUUCCAAGGGAUGAAGACGAUCCAGGAAAAGGAAAUUACUGGACUCUGGACCCAAAUUGUGAAAAAAUGUUUGACAAUGGAAAUUUCCGCAGAAAGAGAAAGAGAAAGUCUGACACCAAUGGCCAGCUAACCUCAGAUAAAGCAGAAGGGAGUUCACUGCCUGACAGCCCAAAAAAUGGAGAACAUCAAGACAUGCUGGAGAGUUCCUCACCAGGAACUGAUGACUCAACUGAAAAAAGACUAUCUCCACCCGCCAUAACACCAUGCCUUAACAAUUUUCUCUCUAGCAUGACUGCUUUUGUUAACAAUGCCGGUCCUGUAAGUAGAUCAGUACCACUUGGACUCAGUAAUGAAACAUCUGACAAAGUGGCACAGAACACAACUGGUUUCAGCUCAUACUCACCACUUACAAACAUACCAAGUCACGGAGGAUCAGACUGGUCCCCUACUAUGUCAUCAAAUCCCUUUGGUUACACUGGUUCUUUACUAAAUCAGUUCAAUCCCCACUUCUACAACAGCAUCACCAACAAUACUCUUUUCUCCCGAGAAGGCACAGAGGUCUAA